AUGAAGUCCUUGCCAUACAAGUGUGAAGACCUUAAUUUAGAUUCUCAGCACCCACAUAAAAGCAAGUCAUGGUGGAAUGUACCUAUGAUCCUUGUGUUAAGACUUGUUUUUCCGGGCACCCUGGAGUCCCAAAAGGCUAGCUCCGCAGGUGCGCACCUGCCGGCCGCCCCCGACCUCCCCGAGCAGGCUGCCGCCUCCAAGCCAAAGAUGGCCCAGCCCAAGACUGAGUGCCGCUCACCUGUCGGCCUCGACUGCUGCAACUGCUGCCUCGACCUGGCCAACCGCUGCGAGCUCCAGCAAGGGAAGAGCGGGGAGAACCCGGGCAGCCCCACUGUGAGCAACUUUCGGCAGCUGCAGGAGAAGCUCGUCUUCGAGAACCUCAACACUGACAAGCUGAACAACAUAAUGCGCCAGGAUUCCAUAGAGCCCGUGGUGCGCGACCCCUGCUACCUGAUCAAUGAGGGCAUCUGCAACCGCAACAUCGACCAGACCAUGCUCUCCAUUCUACUCUUCUUCCACAGGUGGGUGACUGGCCAGAAGGGCCUCGAAGGUGGCCCUGCUGGAUCUUCUCCUCUGACCAGGGAUGGGGAGGGGGGACGACGACACACCAGCAAGUUCCCAGGGGGCAUGGGGUCAGGCUCCUAG